UAUCCUUGGGAAAUUUGGCAAAGAAGCCUUCUCUGAAAAUUUCUCUCACGCCGCAUAUCUCACAAUAUCGGCUUUUGCCAACCAUUUUUACUAUAUUAAAACAGUCCGGACACGCACAAUAAUAUAAACGAAAAGAAAAUCUCAACCUUAUAAAUUUGUUAUUAUUUGACACACGAAUCAAUGCAGUUGGAUUUAUAUUUCAAAAUGGUUGCCGCUCGUAUGUGCGUAUUAAUGUUAAGUUGAUAUUUCUGGCUCCCGUCCGGUAUGUUGUCAACUUGGGAACUCUUUCGUCAAACAUUUCUUGUCAACAAAGGAGUUGCCAAAGACUGAUCGUGGUCAUAUCCCACACGAGGUUAUUUCUGCCUAAAUUGUUUACAUAUUAAAUAAUAUUGUAAACAACUAAUUUUUUUUUUAUCGAUUGAGGACAAUAUCAUUUGUAUAGAUUUACCUUUCAGUAGACAUUGAGUUGUGGAAACCAGUGGAAACUUAAGUGAUAAUAAAGCAAAUCGCUGUGGUGUGGCGUUUGCGUUGAGUGUAGGGAAUUGAAGUUUUAUCGUAGUGUACGAGCGGGACGAGACGGUGACCCUCGGGCGAGCAGUCCGCUCCGUGAUGGCGAGCGACAGCGACGAGUCCGUGGGGGGUGGAAGGGCUGCAGGGGCUGCGGAGCCGCGCUUCAGAGACCUGCUGCUCCAGCUAGCAGGCGGCAAGUACAAGGACGACGAGAGCGACAGCAGCGAGAGUCCGGUCGAGAAUCAGCCGCCCAGAGAGCAAAUCGUACUGAAGCUGAGGGCCAAGGAGGGCGGCCAGAUGGAGAGCCGCCUCAAGCAGCGCCGCUCCGACAACGUCACGAUGGAGGAUGCCAUCGCGCGGCUACUGGAAUCAGUCGAGGCUUCAGUGAGCCGCGAAAAAUACAUGAGACUAAAGGAGAAGUACAAUCAGCUAGACGAACGACACAGCAAGCUGCUGGACAAAUAUUAUUGGCUCGAGAAGGAGGCAGUGAUAUUGAUGAAGAUGUUGAUAAAGAGGGACGUGGACCCCGCGCCCGCGCCCGCGCCGGCCGCCCAGCACGACGAGCACGACGAGCACGACGAGCACGACGAGCACGACGAGCGGGACGAGCACGACGAGCCCGCGCCCGCCGCCGUCGCCGCCGACACGAGGAAAGUCACAGAUAAGAAUCGGGCUGAAGUCGGGGAGGAGGACGGGGGAGAGGGCGCGCCGGGCGCGGGGCGGCGGGCGGCGCGCGUGCGGCUGGCGGCGGGCGUGCACGUGGCGCGCGCGCAGUGGGCCGCGCUGCAGGCGGCCGACGGCUCGCGCGCGCUGGUGCGCCAGCUGGCCCUGGCGCUGUUCGGCCUGCGCGCGCUCACGCAGUACCACGACCUCGACGCCGAGCGCAUGGCCGUCCUCAAAGACGUGCUGCGGCAGCGCCUGAAGGCGGGCGGGUGGGCGGAGCCGGCGGCGCGGCGCGUCACGCCCAACACCGCGCCGCGCUACGUGCAGACGUACCGCGCGCAGCUGCGCUACCAGCAGGCCAAACGGAGAGAGGCGACGGCUCCGACCCGGACCACGUGCCGCGAGUGCAACAGGCGCUUCCGCACCAGAUCCGGGCUCGUCGCGCACGCGCGCGUGCACAGCGGCGAGGAGCCGUACCGCUGCAGCGAGUGCACCGCCAGCUUCAAGUUCCACACGCAGUUCAACCAGCACUCGCGCGAGCACGUGGGCCGCGGCGCGCGCGCGCGCGUGUGUCCGCGCUGCGGCCUGGCCUUCCCGCAGCUGGCGCACCUGCACUGGCACACGCGGCGCGCGCACCGCGGCGCGCUGCCGCCGCCCGCCGUGCGCGGCUACAAGCCCGUCAAGCCGCACCCCGUGUGGGAGCGCGUGCCGCUGCGCGACGCCGACGACGAGGCGGCCUAGCCGCCGCCCGCCGUGCGCGGCUACAAGCCCGUCAAGCCGCACCCCGUGUGGGAGCGCGUGCCGCUGCGCGACGCCGACGACGAGGCGGCCUAGCCGCCGCCCGCCGUGCGCGGCUACAAGCCCGUCAAGCCGCA